AACACAAACCUUUUGUCUGUUCCAUUUCUCCAAAUUUGGCAGAACAAAAACAUGGCAGCAUCCUCUAACAUUUGGAUUCUUUGUUUCAUGUUAUCAGUUCUUGCCAAUGGCUUUCUUCCACUUCAGGCUUCUCAUCAGUCUGCAAAUCACUCUUACAGAACUGCAUACCAUUUCCAACCUCCCAAGAACUGGAUGAAUGAUCCUAAUGGACCCAUGAUUUAUAAGGGGAUUUACCAUUUGUUUUACCAGUACAAUCCUAAAAGUGCAAUAUGGGGAAACAUAGUAUGGGCUCACUCGACAUCAACAGACCUCGUCAACUGGGACCCGCACCCGCCGGCGCUGGUUCCAUCUCAGCCGUCCGACAUCAACGGUUGUUGGUCGGGUUCUGCCACGAUUCUGCCAGGGGGAAAACCAGCAAUUCUCUAUACUGGAGUAGAUUUCCAGGUUAAGCAAUAUCAGAAUCUGGCAAUGCCCAGAAACAUGUCUGAUCCUUACCUGAAAGAGUGGGUUAAAUCUCCUUAUAAUCCAGUGAUGAGUGCAGCCCCGGAGAAGCUCAAUGCUAGCUCAUUCAGGGACCCAACCACUGCAUGGUUAGGACCCGAUGGGCACUGGCGAAUCCUCGUUGGGAACGAGAGAAAGCACGUUCGGGGGAUGGCUCUUUUGUAUAGGAGCCAGGACUUUGUUCAUUGGCAAAAGGCCAAGCAUCCAUUGUUUUCACUGAAAAACACUGGAAUGUGGGAGUGCCCUGACUUUUAUCCAGUUUCCAUUCAUGGUGAAAAUGGUGUUCUUGGCCCGGGGGCGGGGGCGGGGGUUAAGUUUGUGCUCAAGGUAAGCUUGGAUGACUAUAAGCAUGAUUAUUACACCAUUGGGAUGUAUGAUCACAAUAGAGAUAGGUUUACACCAGAGACUGCAGUGUUUCUGGAGAAUGGUUGGGGGUUAAGGUAUGAUUAUGGGAAGUAUUACGCCUCGAAAACAUUCUUUGACAGUGCUAAGAACAGAAGGGUUUUGUGGGGUUGGGUCAAUGAAUCCACAGGUAAUUCAACAAUUGAUCUCUUGAGAGGAUGGGCUGGUGUUCAGGCAAUUCCCAGGAAGAUUUGGCUUGAUGAAUCUGGGAAACAAUUAGUGCAAUGGCCCGUGGAGGAAAUCGAGAAGCUAAGAACGAACCGAGUUGGACAACAACCUAGUACUACUACACUCCUAAAACCAGGAUCAGUUGUUGAGGUUUCUGGUGUCACAGCAUCACAGGCAGACGUCGAAAUUACCUUCGAUGUCUCAACCGUAGUGGAGAAUGCAGAGGUGGUGAAGCCGAAGCCCGGUGGGAGUACUAAUCCACAAGAGCUGUGUAGCCAAAAGGGUGCCUCAGUUAGUGGAAAACUAGGACCUUUCGGGUUGCUAGUUCUUGCAUCAAAGGAUAUUCAAGAAUUCACAGCAGUUUUCUUUAGAAUCUUCAAAGAUGGAAAUAAAUUCUCAGUUCUCAUGUGCAGUGACCAAACCAGGUCUUCAACUAAACUUGUCUAUGACAAAACCACAUAUGGAGCCUUUCUGGACAUUGACCCUCUUAAACAAAAACUGUCUCUAAGAUGUUUGAUUGAUCAAUCAAUUGUGGAGAGCUUUGGGGAAGGGGGGAAAGUUUGCAUAACGUCUAGGGUUUAUCCAAGCAUGGCAAUCGAUGGCGAGGCACAUCUGUAUGCCUUCAACAAUGGAAGUGAGAACAUAUGGAUCUCUAGUUUGAGUGCUUGGAGCAUGAACAAAGCUCGGAUCAACUGAAAUAAUUAAGUGCCUGCUAUGGAAGGGGAUGAUUUGUUUGAAUUGUUUCUCUUCAACUGUACUAUGAUCUAUGAAUGCCUACAUUAACUUAGUAAAGAGUGUGAAAUAU